UUUUUAUAUAUACACUCAAAGAAAUAUACGACAUCAGCCAUGCUGGCUUCACCUUCCCCUCUGAAAACAGCUCUUCAAUCAGAGGUUUUCCAGUGGCAAAAUGAAUCUUCACUUGCACUCCCAUCAGAUCACCGUCUGCGUAUAGGAUCAUCUGGAGACCAGCGAGUCAAGGAACAAGUGAUGAUGACUGUUAGAAAGCAGAAGCCAAAAAGCUCACAAUCAUCAUCCUUGAGCUACGCAAACAGAGCAGGAUCAGCGUAUGAAAUUGGGGUGGAUAAUUACAAUGCAAACCGCAACAGCACCGGCAAUCAUUAUGCAAAAUAUCAGAGUGGUGGCACUCUGACCUAUCAGCCUACAUACAAUGGUACCCUGAAGAAGGAUAGUCACCGAUUUAGCUCGUACAGUCAGGUUGACACUUGGGGUCGUCAGCGAAAUAUGUCUGUUGGUGUUCCAGUAAGUCCUGGAAGCGACUUCAAUUACAUGCAGACUCUCAAAAGUAGCCGAAGUGAGCCAGACCUCGCAGGUCCUGAAGGAAGGGCUACAUUGCGGCAACAGAACCAGCACAACUAUGUGCAGAACUACAAUUACCAACAACACCAACCGCAGCGCUCAGGCCGGGGAGCUGUUAAUAACUCAAGCAUAUACAGCCAUCAUAGCACACAGCAGAGGAAAAGAGGCACCCUGCCACCUACACGUACUCCAUCGUCUAUUUCAACAGUGGCUCAGACACAACAGCAAUCAAUUUACAGCACUGUGCAUAGAAAUGAUUUGCAUAAACAGGAUCAUUAUGGAACCAUGAAUGUCCCAUCCAGGAUGGAUUCUCGUGAAGAUUAUGAUGGAAUGUUUAUGACCAUAGAGAAAGCAAUGGAACAAAUUUCAUGCCCAAAUGAAAAAUUACAGAUAUCUGGAGCCAAUUACAUACAGCAUGCAUGUUACCAGGAUGAGAACGCAAAGAACCUGGUGUACCAGAGUAAUGGCAUCACAAAGCUUAUUAGCCUUCUCCAGAGUCCAAAUCAGAAUGUGCAAUUGGCAGGAGCUGGAGCCUUGAGGAAUAUUGUUUUUAAGAAUACCCCAAAUAAAAUUGAAACAAGUCGUCAAGGAGGAGUGAAGGAAAGUGUCAGCCUACUAAGAAGGACCCCUAAUUAUGAUAUACAGAAGCAACUGACAGGCCUACUCUGGAAUCUGUCCUCCACAGACCAGCUGAAAGAGGAACUUGUUAGGGAAGCCCUUCCUGUUCUAAAUGACUGUGUAGUUAUCCCAUUUUCUGGAUGGUCAGAUAAUCCUACAUCUGGUCAAAAGAGUGUGCUAGACCCUGAGGUAUUCUUCAAUGCCACUGGAUGUUUAAGAAACUUAAGCUCUGCUGAUGUUGGCCGUCAGGCUAUGCGUAACUACCCAGGGCUCGUGGACUCAUUAAUGCAUUAUAUCCAGCGUUGUGUAGUCAGUAAUUGCCCAGAUGACAAGUCGGUGGAAAACUGUGCUUGCAUUCUGCACAAUCUGUCGUACCACUUGGAUUCGGAAGUACCCAAUAAGUACUCCCAAAUGAAUGAGCACAUCUCCCGCAAUCAACAAACGGAAAAGACCUCCACAGGUUGCUUCAGCAACAAGAAUGAUAAAACACAGAAUAAUAACUUGGAGCUGCCCCUGCCAGAGGAAGAAGCUAAUCCUAAAGGAGCCAGCCUCCUGUCCCACUCCAGUGCUAUAAAAACAUACCUGGCCCUUUUAGGUCAUAGCAAAAAGGAAUCAACAUUGGAAGCAUGUGCAGGAGCACUUCAAAAUCUGACUGCCAGCAAGGGACAGAUGUCCAAUGGCAUGAGUCAGAUCAUUGGAUUAAAGGAAAAGGGACUUCCUCAGAUUGCCCGCCUCCUCCAGUCUGAAAAUGUGGAUGUGGUGAAAACAGGAACUUCCUUGCUCAGUAACAUGUCCCGUCAUCCAGCACUUCACAAGAGCAUGGGUUCGCAAGUCCUUCCGGAUGUUUCCCGUCUGUUAUCCCAAACGUCUGGGGGAUCAUCAAACUCUGAAGACAUCUUGUCCUCAGCCUGUUAUACAAUGAGAAAUCUUGUGAUGGCUGAGCCUCAUCUAGCAAAGCAGAGCCUCUCAGGGAAUUUGCUUGGAAACUUGGUUAACAUGUGCAAGAGUGGAUCCUCUCCUAAAGCUGCAGAGGCUGCUCGACUCUUCCUGACAGACAUGUGGGCUCAGAAGGAGUUGCAAGGGCUCCUCAAACAGAAUGGUCUGGACAAGAGCAUCAUGGGAUCCUUAGCAAGCUCUGUACUCCGGAACACUGUGUCUCGAGUCCUUUAAAACUCUGUUCAAUGGAACCUUUUUUUUGAAGGAUUCAAACGCCACCCCCUCCACUUUUCAAACGCACUGGUAACUGCAAAGCUGCGCAGCAUCAGACAAGCUAUGCUUAAUAGAAUAUAAAGGGCAAGAGUUGGAAGAAUAUUAAAUAGGUUGUGGAAGAAGAGUAAAUCUACAAACAUUUUAGGACAUUGCACAAAUAUUAAGCAUUAUAUAUUUUUUUUCAAUGUUUAAUGCACUUUGAGAGUUGUUCAUGUUUUGUACUGUCCCUUUACAAACCUGGAUUUUAAUAAAUAUUAAGAUUGAACUGAAACAAUCAGACUGUACAUAAAUGACAUCUCAACUCCCAACUGCUUUACAUUUGCUUAGAAAGGGACAGGUGACAAAUUAGUGUACCUUAUGUAAAAACUGAUAUUUUUCUUCAAUAUGUGUAAGGUGUUUCAAACGCAAGCUGUGUAAGAAAUUAGAUGUAACGCUGCUUAUAAGAUUUCUUUGUUGCCUAUGAUAAAAGUAGUAAUCCUGCAAAGACUAACAUGAAACAGUUAUCUAUAUAUCACAAAAAAAUUUAAAGCACAUCUGAAUGAAAAAGAAUAAUCUCCAGCUCAGCCAUUUUCACAGUUUAGCUAAUGCCAUUCAAAUUAAACCCACAAAAAUUCAGUUGAAUAACUCUAACAUGAUCAGAAUGAUCAUUUCAAAAGCUAAAUGUAUGCACUCUUACGUAGCACACACUUAUCUUGUUUGUUGUUAUUGUUGCUUAUAUUUAAUUACACAUAAUAAAUGCCAUUGUCUUGUGGAUGGAGUACUAUACUCUAACAGGGUUAAUUUGAAGCCAAAGUAACAAAUGAAAGCAUAGCUGAUUUGGGCUUUUAAUUUGGCUAUUUUCACUUUAAAUUUGAAAUUCAGUUUGACUUCUCCCUCUGAGAAAAAACAUGUAAGUCAUGGGAGAGAAAUCGUAAAGAGUAAUUCUAGAGUAUCCCUUUUCAUUCAUAUAGAGUCUUUACAGCUUUUAAGUCAUACAUAUAACUAUAUAUUUGUUUCAGAUAAAGCAAAUAGAACAAAA